AUGGACAAUCAUGAGCCAGAAAAGCUCUUCCACUUUGUGACAAUUCGUGACCCGUCGACGAAAACAAGGCGAGGGCCCGAUAUGAGACUUUCCCAAGCGAGAUCUCAUGCUGCCAGAAUAACGCACAUGCGGAAACGAAAGAAGAACCAAAAGUCGAACGAUGAGUAUCAGGUUGCUGGGGCUGCAAAUCUCGUCAGGGCAGAUGCUAGAAAUCCACAAUUACCUAACGAUGUAGAGAUUCUUCGACUAAAACAUCAGGCUCAGGGCUUGGCACUGUUGAUGAACGCGCUGCAAAACCUGACAGGACCAGCCUCAGAUGCUCUUCUCAUGGCCAUGGUCAUGGCGGGUAUGCUGACAGACCCAUCUCCCUCGCAAAUCCCGGAGAUGUAUCGGGGAUCGCCACUGGCUAGAGCUCAGCAUCUCCAUAUCUACGCAAGGUUAACGCUGGUCCCAGCAACAAUGCGCACCAUGUUAGAGUCGGUAGGUAAGAGAGGUGGCAUUUCAAAUAUUCAUGAUUACGGAAUGACGUCUAUUCUUCAGUUCGCCGAUUUACAAGCUAGCUCGCGUGUAGGAAUACCUCCAGCCUUCCAAUGGGUGUAUCCAAACUCCACCAGCUUGUGUUCAAGGCAACCUGACCUCGAUGAGGUAGCGGUCAAUAUGUUGGCAGUAAUCGGGACCGGAUUUGGCCAUCGCGAGUUCAUCGACCAGGAUCUUGCACGCGCAUUGGAAGGAGCAGGAGACGUUACAGUUGCUUUGGACUCCUUUCAGCGUCAGAAGUCGAAUGGCUAUACUCUCAUCGACAUCGUGGAUGUUGCCAACGAGACACAACACAAGCUAUUAUGCACGAUAAACAUACCCUCGGCCGAGGCAACCCAUGAUCUUUGUUUGCGGGAGAUCUGUCAGUGGGCCGCUCUCAUCUACAACGACAUGGUAGUUUUCCCGCUACCUGCAACAACGGGGAACAAGCCAAGGCUCUCCAAAGGCUUACGGUCUGCGCUCGAGAGCUAUGAAAUACUUAGUAGCAAGUCCACCAGUCUAGCCGGACAGGUGGUGAAGACUGUCGACCAUUCUGAUUUCAUCCUCUGGGCAUUGAUGCUUGGGGCUAUGGCAGCAUCUUCGACAGUAAACACCACGUGGUAUGUACAGAAGCUUGGACAUUAUCUUUCGCAGUCGCCGUACAGACAUACAUGGUCGGACUUCCGCAAACUGAUGUUGACGUACCUCUGGUGGAGCUAUAUUCUUGACGAACCCGGGGAGAGGCUGUGGUGGGAGGGACAACUAGCAAGCGAAUCACUCGACUCGACUGGUGUGGAUUUUCACCAGUACGAGUACGCCAGUCACCCUAUUGAUCAUUGCCAGUGA